AUACGCUUUUAACGCGUAUGAUUUUGAAAAAGGAACUGCGUUUUGUCAGUGCUAUCGAUUUUGAAACAUAACCUCAAAGUGAGUGAAAAUGUUUUCAACGCGAUUCAGUAUAGUUUUCAUAUUGUUUUCUUUUGUUUUUGUUGUGUGGGCCAAUCCGGAUGCUAAGAGACUUUACGAUGAUUUGCUUAGUAAUUAUAACAGGCUGAUCCGACCUGUUGAUAAGAACAAUAAUACUGUUUUGGUGAAACUCGGCCUGCGACUGUCUCAACUGAUUGACUUGAACUUGAAGGAUCAAAUCUUGACCACCAACGUAUGGCUCGAACAUGAGUGGGAAGACCACAAGUUCAAAUGGGACCCGAACGAGUACGGCGGACAGAAGGAGCUGUACGUGCCCUCUGAACACAUCUGGCUACCUGAUAUCGUGCUUUACAACAACGCCGACGGCGAGUACGUGGUGACAACGAUGACGAAGGCGGUCCUCAGCUACACGGGCAAGGUGCUGUGGACGCCGCCGGCCAUCUUUAAGUCCUCCUGCGAGAUCGACGUCCGCUACUUCCCCUUCGACCAGCAGACCUGCUUCCUCAAGUUUGGGAGCUGGAGCUAUGAUGGAGAUCAGAUUGAUCUGAAGCACAUCAACCAGAAGAGACAGACCGGCGACACUAUAGAAGUGGGCAUCGACCUGAGAGAGUACUAUCCCUCCGUAGAGUGGGACAUCCUGGGGGUGCCAGCUGAGAGGCACGAGAGGUAUUACCCAUGCUGCCAGGAACCUUAUCCUGACAUCUUCUUCAACAUCACGCUCCGCCGCAAGACCUUAUUCUACACCGUCAACCUCAUCGUCCCAUGCGUCGGCAUUUCAUAUCUCUCCGUCCUUGUCUUCUACCUCCCCGCCGACUCCGGAGAGAAGAUAGCUCUCAGCAUCUCCAUCCUGCUCUCGCAAACCAUGUUCUUUUUACUGAUAUCUGAAAUCAUCCCGUCGACAUCCUUAGCUUUGCCUUUACUUGGUAAAUACUUGCUGUUUACCAUGUUGCUGGUAGGAUUGUCAGUUGUUAUAACUAUAGUUAUACUGAAUGUGCAUUAUCGGAAGCCUAGUACUCACAAAAUGGCGCCUUGGGUGCGGAAGUUCUUCAUAACGAAGUUACCAAGGUUACUUUUAAUGCGUGUACCUAAGGAUUUGUUGAGGGAUUUGGCUGCGCAGAAGAUAGCAGGAAGGAGCUUGAAGAAGAAUAAGUUUAAGGAUGCGUUGGCGGCGGCGGAGCAGACGAACUCGAAUGCUUCAAGCCCGGAUUCGUUGAGACAUCAUAUGCCUGGAGGAUGUAAUGGACUGCACUCGACUACUGCUACUAACAGAUUCAGCGGCCUCGUCGGUGCUCUCGGCAGCCUCGGCGCCGGCUACAACGGCCUCCCCUCCGUGAUGUCUGGCCUCGACGACUCGCUGAGCGACGUGGCCCCGCGCAAGAAGUACCCGUUCGAACUCGAGAAGGCCAUACACAACGUCAUGUUCAUUCAGCACCACAUGCAGCGGCAGGAUGAGUUCAAUGCGGAAGACCAGGACUGGGGCUUCGUGGCCAUGGUCCUCGACCGUCUGUUCCUCUGGAUCUUCACCAUCGCCUCCAUCGUCGGCACCUUCGCCAUCCUCUGCGAGGCCCCGUCGCUCUACGACGACACCAAACCCAUCGACAUGAUUCUUUCGUCGGUCGCUCAGCAGCAGUUCUUGCCGGUGGAUAGUGGUGAUUCUUAAACACGAUAUUUCAGAUGACAUCAUAAG